AUGCAAAACUACAAGUACGACAAGGCGAUCGUCGCGGAAAGCAAGAACGGCGGCAGCCCGGCGCUCAACAACAACCCGAGGAAGGGAGGCAGCAAGCGGGUGCUGCUCAUCUGCCUGGACCUCUUCUGCCUCUUCAUGGCGGGCCUACCUUUCAUCAUCAUCGAGACAAGCACCAUCAAGCCUUACCAACGGGGGUUUUACUGCAAUGAUGAGAGCAUCAAGUAUCCGCUGAAAACCGGGGAGACAAUCAACGACGCUGUGCUCUGCGCUGUGGGGAUUGUUAUUGCCAUCCUCGCGAUCAUCACAGGGGAAUUCUACCGCAUCUAUUACCUGAAGGAGAAGUCCCGCUCGACGAUUCAGAAUCCCUACGUGGCAGCCCUCUACAAGCAGGUGGGCUGCUUCCUCUUUGGCUGUGCCAUCAGCCAGUCCUUCACAGACAUUGCCAAGGUCUCCAUAGGGCGCCUGCGUCCUCACUUCUUGAACGUCUGCAACCCUGAUUUCAGUCAAAUCAACUGCUCUGUGGGCUAUAUUCAAAACUACAAAUGCAGAGGCGAAGACAGCAAAGUCCAGGAAGCCAGGAAGUCCUUCUUCUCCGGCCACGCCUCCUUCUCCAUGUACACUAUGCUGUAUCUGGUGCUGUACCUGCAGGCCCGCUUCACCUGGCGAGGGGCCCGCCUGCUCCGGCCCCUUCUGCAAUUCACCCUGAUCAUGAUGGCCUUUUACACAGGACUGUCCCGCGUGUCUGACCACAAGCACCAUCCUGGCGAUGUCCUGGCGGGAUUUGCCCAAGGAGCCCUGGUGGCCUGCUGCAUAGUUUUCUUCGUGUCUGACCUCUUCAAGACCAAGACAACACUCUCCCUGCCUCCUUCUGCCAUCAGGAAGGACAUCCUUUCACCUGUGGACAUUAUCGACAGGAACAAUCACCACAACAUGGUGUAG